AUGGACGUCGGGCCUCGCACUGUUAUUGCUGACGGUUGACUGCCUGAUCGGAAAUCGACCUUGGUGUUUUCCUACUUCACAUAUACAUUAAUAUGGCCCUGGAGCUUCUCUGUCUCUCUCUCUGUCCGUGCUUUAGAUCGUGAUUACGCCUACUUACUUUUACCAGCACACAACAAUUUUGCAAACAAUCCAAAACUGGCCAAUUCCAACAUGGACACAGCACUAGAUUUAUCAGACGCCUCGAAGGCUUUAGAUCUGGAUAAUAUUCGUUUUCAGCUAAUCCGACUCGAAGAUACAAUCACCUUUCAUCUAAUCGAAAGAGUCCAAUUUCCCCUCAAUGCCACCAUCUACGAUCCCAUUGCUCUUCCGGUGCCUACAACGAACCUAGCAUUGCCUCCGGUCAUUUCGCUGAUGGACUACCUUCUAUCCGAAACCGAGCGUCUCCAUUCUACGAUUCGUCGAUAUGAUGCGCCCGACGAGUAUGCCUUUUUCCCUGAAGUCCUUCAGCGGCCCAUGCUCCAAUCCAUCAAGUACCCCAAGAUCCUUCAUGACAACGACGUAAAUGUCAAUCAGGUUAUCAAGGAGAAGUAUAUAAAGGAGGUAUUGCCAGAAGCCUGCCGCAAGUUCGAACGCGAAGACCGAGGUGAGACAAAGGAGAAUUAUGGUAGCGCCGCGACUUGUGACGUUGCAUGUCUGCAAGCUCUGUCGCGAAGGAUACACUUCGGCAAGUUCGUAGCCGAGAGCAAAUUCCAGCAGGAAACGGAGAGAUUUGUGAAACUCAUCAAGGCCGAAGACCGUGAAGGCAUCGACGCCGCCAUCACUAAUCAGAAGGUAGAGCAGCAGGUCCUCGAGCGACUUCGGCUAAAGGCGAAGACUUAUGGCAAGGAUCCCUCUGCAGCCACCAAAGGUGGAGCCUCAGCAGAAGAGAAGAUCAAUGUCGAGGCCGUGGUCAAGAUGUAUGCUCAGGUCGUAAUACCUUUGACCAAGAUUGUCGAAGUCGAGUACCUCAUGCAAAGACUGAAAGGCACUCAAUGGGACUAAGAGUAGUAUUGCAAUUGGUCGGACCGGAUAGAUUUUUGCAUCAGUUCAAUCCUAUGGCUUCAGGUAUUCGGCCACAUCUUGGACAGCAGCCUUGAAGUUUUCUCCUGAGAUCAAUAUGACGUGCCCUUGAGGCUUGAUACCGAGCUCUUGGAA